CAUUGGUGACAAGUUUCAUAAUACGUUUCAUAACCAAACCUUGUCUAUUUCACUUCACAUGGGUCUCUGACAUUUCAAGUGAAAUAAUUGCGAAUUAUUUCUUUUUUACGAAUAGCCUGUGGAAAUGUUAUCAAAUGUAUUUCUAACGAAAUGCGCAAUGACGGUUUGGUAAUAGGCUGCACAAGUGGGACCUACAACACUAGGAAUUCGCAGGGCUGACCGAUGUUGUAAGCUUAUGUUUGGCGUUUGAUGAUAACACGCGUUAAAAGAAAUUGAAGAAAAUGUCUGCCACAAGGUACCGCCGAUUUCUAAAACUCUGUGAAGAGUGGCCAAGAGACGAAUCGAAGAGAGGCCGUGAUUUGGGAACGUUUCUAAGGCAGAAGGUAGCUCACGCAUUUCGCGAAGGAGAAAACACACAGUUAGCAGACCCAGAAAAAUGUGAUCAGAUGUAUGAGAGCUUGGCCAGAAUCAACAGUAAUAUGUACAAGGAAAAGUUCCCACGAGCUAAGGACACAAGUUUUACAGGUGUUACAGUGGAGGAGUGCCGGAUGUUAUUAUCAACAGAAAAAAUGCAGCAGAUGGACGAGGAGAAGAAGGGUUUGUGGAAGACACUGAUGGAGCGCUUCUCAUCGAAGCCUGAGGAGAACCCAGAGAAACCCCCAGAGAAGGAGAAGUAGCCUGCCAAGUCUUCUUUCUGUAUAUUUUGUCUACAGUUUCGUUGAAGUAUAUCUAAUAAAGAAACUAUAACUGAAAAAAA